GAUAAAUUCUAAUGAUAAAAUAAAAUGAAAAUAAUGGAUCUAGUAUUUUUAAUUAAAAAAAUAAGUUGUUAGUUUUCAAUAAAUAUGAAACAAGUGUAUACAAAUCGACCCAUCCUAUUUUCAUAGCAAAGCCCAAACCCAUGUAUUUUGAUUCGACUUUACUUUGUCAUCGUUUCAUUCGCUCCGCUUCCCUUCUCGGAUCCGAAAGUUUAAACUUUCAGUUACUUUCGCCGGAAAAGUCAGAGCCCUUUGCUCAAAUCAAAUCUACAGAGUAUAAAGUACAAGCAAGAAAGGCUGAGAUUGAGAUAUGUGGAUACCUGUAUUAGCAGUGCUCGUGUCUAUCUUGUUGGGAACUUUUAUUUUAGUCUCUCGAGAUUCAAAAUCUGGUCGUAGGAAAGAUGAUCAUUCAAUCGCUAAACAUGACAAGGGAUCCAAUGUCUACAGCAAAGCUGAAAUAUCUUUGCAUAAUAAAAGAACAGAUUGUUGGAUCAUUAUCAAAGACAAGGUGUAUGAUGUUACUUCUUAUGUAGAAGAACACCCUGGUGGGGAUGCCAUUCUUGCACAUGCUGGAGAUGAUUCAACUGAAGGCUUUUAUGGGCCUCAACAUGCAACUCGAGUUUUCGACAUGAUUGACGACUUCUACAUAGGAAAUUUGGAGCUGUAAUUACACUCUGUUUGUCAAAAAAGAAAAAAUUUGAGACCUGAAUAAUACAACUUUCUAGUUCUAGUUAUUCGGUCUUGCAGCUGUACCUUUCGUAACUCUUGUUGUGGUUCAUUUGCCUUUAAUUCCAAAUGCCCCUCUAUUUUUAA